UGCUAGUUGCUGCACAUCAUACCAUUUGACAAUUCUACUAGUGCUAUUUUUGUCUUCCAAUAUAUUAUACGCCCACUAUUCGUCUAGUCAAUUAUACAUCUUUAAGCUUUGAAAAUAUUCUCCAAUUUGUCGAACAAUGGAGGCAAUGGUUCAUUCUUCAUCAUUUCUCUUGCCGGAAAUUCCCGCCGGCGACGGCGACGGCCUUAAAUACGCGCUCGUGUUGCUCAAUCAACGCCUCCCUAAGUUCACUCCGCUGUUGUGGAAACACGCUCAGCUUCGUGUAUGUGCUGAUGGCGGUGCCAAUCGUGUUUUCAAUGAUUUGCCUUUGCUUUUUCCUCACGAAACUCCUUCCGAUGUUCGAACUAGGUACAAGCCUGACGUGAUAAAAGGAGAUAUGGAUUCGGUACGUACGGAAGUACUUGAGUUCUACAGAAAUAUGGGGACCAAGAUUGUGGAUGAAUCUCAUGACCAGGACACCACCGAUUUGCAUAAAUGUGUUGCCUUUAUUCGUGAUUUCCAUGCAGAUACGGAAGAUACUUUAUGCAUUCUAGUUGCUGGAGCACUUGGUGGAAGGUUUGACCAUGAGAUUGGAAACAUCAAUGUUAUAUGUCAUUUUUCAGCAACAAGGAUAAUUCUUCUGUCUGAAGAUUCCUUAAUUCAACUUCUUCCAAGUGCUCGUCAUCAUGAAAUACAUAUCCAGAGUUCAGUAGAAGGACCACAUUGUGGACUCAUUCCAAUUGGUGCGCCUUCUGGAAGUACUACCACCACAGGACUUCAAUGGGACCUCUCUGAUACGGAAAUGAGAUUUGGUGGGCUAAUUAGCACAUCCAAUAUUGUCAAAGGUGAGGUCAUAACCGUGCACUCCACUUCUGAUCUUCUUUGGACUGUAUCCUUGAAGAAAUUGUGAAGGAUAUCGAGCACGCAAGAUGGAGAUUUCUAGUUGCAGAUAUGUAUAUUCUCUUCUCAUAUUAUUUCCAUUUCUAAGGAAAUAUAUUGAACGAGGCAGUCACAGAAUAGCAUACAAGGCGUUUGUCUUUUAUCCAUUUUUUGGCCUCUUAAAAUUUUACAUAUCCGAUUAUUUUAUACUUGGUGGAUUUUGAUAUUUUGUAAGUACAUUCUAAUAUUCAAUUAAUUUGGUUUAUUCUUCAUAUCAAUAA